AUGGAUAUUGACGGUCUUAAAAACAUGGUAAAACCUAUGAGUAAAUCCUGCAAAAGUAAAACUGGAGUUUCAGAUGAACUUGUUCAGGGUACGCAUAAUGGAGAAUUUCCACGAGAUCGAAAACUUAUGUGUUAUUUCAAGUGUAUUUCAGUGCUAUUAAAAAUUAUGAAUAAACAGGGUGAAGUUAAUACGAAAACUGUCGAGAAUCAAAUUAAUAUAUUAGCAAAUGACGAGGUAGCACCUCGAUUAAAAGAAGUUGCAAAAUUAUGUUAUGAGACAGUGGAACGUAAUGAAGAUGCUUGUGAAUAUGCUUUAGAUUUGGCAUAUUGCACAUUUACAAAAGACAGUUCGGUAUACUUUUUACCAUGA